AUGAUGAAUGAAGAAAUCAUGGAUGAUGAAGUUGAUGUAUUGAUUAUUGGUGCUGGCGCUAGCGGUAUCGCUGGACUGCGACAAUUGAAAUCGACUACAAAUUUUAAAAUAAUAUGUUUUGAAGUUAGAUCUAAUUUAGGAGGAGUUUGGAAUUAUGAAUCAAAUCCAGGUGAGAUCAACUUAAAAUUCACACCAGAAGGUAAACCGAUCAUAAACGAAACCGAUCCAUCCAUAACACCGAUCUACAAAGGAUUAAGAACAAAUGUACCCAUCGAAUUAAUGACAUUUAAAGAUAUCCCAUUCAACUCAUCUUCAUCUUCAUCAUUUCCUCAUCAUAGUGAGAUUUUAGAUUAUUUAGAUGAUUCUGUUGAUCAAGAAUUAAAAGAAUUGAUUCGAUUUAAUACAAAUGUGAACCGAAUUCAAUAUAAUCCUAAUCAUUCAUCUGGUAAUCCUUCUAAACAUUGGAUGAUAGAAUAUACUAAAAUCGAUCAAGAUUCAAAAUCAAAUCCUUCUAUCAUUUAUGCUGAUUUCAUUUUAGCUGCAAAUGGGCAUAAUUCACAACCUUAUAUACCUUUUCUUGAAGGACUUUCAACUUUUCCAAAUCAAAUCACUCAUUCACUUUAUUAUCGUACACCAAAAGAUGAUAUCAUAAAAAGAUCAAAAACAAUUGCAGUGGUAGGAUUAGGUCCAUCAGGUUAUGAUAUCUUAAGAGAAAUAGCCAAUUUACCACCAGAAGAUCAACCAACCAAAUUAUAUUCAUUAUCAAAUCAUCCAUCAAGCAUAGGUUAUGAUUUCACAGAUCCAAACAGUCCAAAAUGGACUCAAAACAUACUUGCCAAACCAGGAUUGAAAUCCAUCCAGAAAUCAAGUUUAAUUCUAGAAGAUCUUUCUGAAAUUCAUUCAAUCGAUUUAUUAAUCUUUGCAACCGGUUAUCAUUAUUCUUAUGAUUUUUGUCAUCAAAAUGAUUCUCCUUGGUGUGAUUAUCCAAUCUUAAAUUAUCAAUUCAAAAGAAGAUUACAUAAUGUAGAUUCAUUACAAACCUUUUAUUUUCAUGAUCCAAGUUUUGCUUUCUUAGUUAUCAACACAUCUGUCAUCCCUUUUCCACUUGCUGAACAUCAAGCAAGAGCUAUUGCAUCAAGAUGGUCCAAGAAAUCAAAUUUUGAAUUAUUUCCAUUCAAGAAUGAAACAGAAGAAUCAAGUUCAGUUCAUGUUCUAAUCCCAAAAAAUCCCAGCUUGAUCUAA